AUGCUUGACUCUAAUUCUGCCGAACGUCGACAAGAUCUUUUUCAAACAAGUACUGGUGUUGGUCAUCAAUAUCGACCAGGAUAUUAUUCCCCUUCUUCAAAUUUUAAGCGUGUUUUUACUGAUCCAUUACCACCUCGACUUCGUGCUGCUGAUGAAAUUACACCUGAACAACAUUUUAAAACAACAAAUAAUAUUUAUCAUGAUAAUAAAUAUCCUCAACAAGAAAUCUAUAAUGAUCAAGUAAAUUUACAUAAAAAAGCACCAGCCUUAUGGAAAGUAAAUUAUAUGACUGAUUUUGUUGAAAAACUUAAAGCUCAUGAAUGGAGUCAUGGAUUAACACUGGCCCAUAGAAAGAGUGAAUACAAGGAAGAAUAUGAAACAAAAGCAAAUAUAAAAUCGGAAUUAGAUCGUAUCGAUGGACAAUUACCAUAUUUAACACGACCUGAUGCACCUAUGACUAAAGCUAUACGUGAUGAUGAUCGACCAACAAAACCACCUACAGUUGCUCGUACAUGGGAUCCAUCAGAACAAGGUGUUUUUACACUUCUUGAUCCUUAUUUAACAACAUAUAAUAAAGAACAUCGUCGUUGGAGAAAAGAUGAAUGGCAAGGUAUUGGUAAAAAAGAUCCAUUAACUUAUUGGGAUGCAGAAGAAUAUCCUAAAUCAUGGGGUUUUGGUAAUACACCAAAUCCAUUACCAAUAGAUAGUGUUGAACGUGAACAAUUACCCAUGCGUGAUUCAAUAUGGUUUUCAACACCAGCAAAAAUCCGUCAAACUCAUCAACCACCACGUAUUAUUCCUCAUUCAGGUCUUACAACUGAAACUCGUGAACAAUUUGUAACUCCAAGUCAUGUCAAUGCUAAGGAAACAAAAUAUUGUCCAAUAAAUACACCCUAUGUUCAACCAGCACCAGGUUCAACAUCAACCUAUGCUACAUCAGCUAUGUAUCGAACUGAUGCAAUGAACUAUGGUAGUGAAAAACCAGUUACUUUACCGGGAAAUUGA